ACGCGCAAGGCGCGGGCAGACGGGCGCCAGGCGGGGCCGGCCGUCCCCCCGCCGCCCUGGCAGGUGCGCCCCCACCCCUCGGUGCCCCCCACCGGCCCCCGGACCCGGGGGGCGGGCUCCCGAGGCCCCUCCCCGGCCGUGGAGCCAAUGGGCGUGCGGACAGCAGUGGGCAAGGCGGGGCGGCGGGCGAGGCGACGGCGGCGCGGAGACAGGCGCGGGCGGAGGGCGCGGACCGACCGGGUGCACCGACCAUGGCCUCCAAAUGUCCCAAGUGCGACAAGACUGUGUACUUCGCUGAGAAGGUGAGCUCCCUGGGCAAGGACUGGCACAAGUUCUGCCUCAAGUGCGAGCGCUGCAGCAAGACGCUGACACCUGGGGGCCACGCCGAGCAUGAUGGGAAGCCAUUCUGCCACAAGCCGUGCUACGCCACGCUGUUUGGGCCCAAAGGUGUGAACAUCGGAGGUGCAGGCUCCUACAUCUAUGAGAAGCCCUCUGCUGAGGGACCUCAGGUCACUGGCCCCAUCGAGGUCCCUGUGGCCCGGGCUGAGGAGCGGAAGGCGAGUGGCCCCCCAAAGGGGCCCAGCAAAGCCUCCUGUGUCACCACUUUCACCGGGGAGCCCAACAUGUGUCCUCGCUGCAACAAGAGGGUCUACUUUGCCGAGAAGGUGACGUCUCUGGGCAAGGACUGGCACCGGCCGUGCCUGCGCUGUGAGCGCUGCGGGAAGACGCUGACUCCGGGCGGACACGCGGAGCACGCCGGCCAGCCGUACUGCCACAAGCCCUGCUACGGAAUCCUCUUCGGACCCAAGGGAGUGAACACGGGAGCCGUGGGCAGCUACAUCUAUGAUACGGACCCUGAGGGCAAAGUUCAGCCCUAGGCCCCCAGACCCCACCGGAGCACAUGGGCCAUCUGCCCCCUGCCACCCCUGCCCCAGGGCCCGCUGUUUGGCUCUGUGGGGAGGUGACCAGCUGCCCAGUGCCACUCCAGCAUGUCCUGAGCUCUGGGGCAGGGGGAAACUGCCCUGGGCCAACCCAGACAGGCCCACCCAGCCACCCGUUUGUGUCUCUGCUGCCCAUGACCCUCUUCUGUGUCCUUGAGGCUCCAUGUCUGUAGGUCUUGUGGCCCCACAUGUCCCUGUGUCUGCGUGACCCUGGCUGGGUCUCUCUGGGGGCCACCCCACUCCCUCUCCUGCUGCCCCUUGCAUACCCCACAGGGUUGUUUAUGCUCCCCUGCUGGUGAUGGCACAGUGCCCCCCACACACACCCCACAAUGCACACACACCCUCGGUGUUCCAGAGGCGCUGCCAGCCUCCCACACUGCCUUGCACAGCCUUCCUGACCUCCUCACGUGGUUCAUGCUCAACUGCUGGGAGUUUUGCCGUCAGUAAAAGGUUUCAGAGUU